CCAAACCUUUUCUUCUUGUUCUCGUUCUCUUCUUCUGUCUCCUUUCCCCCCUUUACCUUUCUCGAGCCUACCAUGCAUCGUCUCUCGUCGACUUCUUCGCGCUCUAUCCGUCGCGCUGCUCAAAAAAGCGUCCUGAAGACGCAAACGCGAGGUGCUCACAAGGAGAUUAAGUUCUCCAACGAAGGAAGAGCAAGCAUCCUGAACGGCGUCGACGUUCUCGCGAAUGCCGUUUCUGUUACUCUCGGUCCUAAGGGUCGUAAUGUGAUCAUUGAACAGAGCUAUGGUGGUCCGAAGAUCACGAAGGACGGUGUUACGGUCGCGAAGUCGAUUACGCUGAAGGAUAAGUUUGAGAACCUCGGUGCAAGGUUGGUCCAAGACGUCGCUCAAAAGACGAACGAAAUUGCCGGUGACGGUACUACGACCGCCACCGUGCUUGCUCGUGCCAUUUACGCCGAGGGUGUGAAGAACGUCGCAGCCGGUUGCAAUCCCAUGGAUCUUCGUCGUGGCUCUCAGGCUGCCGUCGAGCGGGUUGUCAGCUUCCUUUCUGCCAACACCAAGACCAUCACUACCACCGCUGAGAUUGCUCAGGUCGCAACCAUCUCAGCAAACGGCGAUACUCACGUCGGUAACCUCAUUGCGCAGGCGAUGGAGAAGGUUGGAAAGGAGGGCGUCAUCACCGUCAAGGAGGGCCGUACCACUGAGGACGAGAUUGAGAUCACCGAAGGCAUGCGCUUCGACCGUGGCUUCAUCUCACCGUACUUCGUCACCGACGUCAAGGCACAGAAGGUCGAGUUUGAGAAGCCCUUGAUCCUCCUCAGUGAGAAGAAGAUCAGCCUCCUCCAGGAUAUUCUUCCAUCGCUCGAGGCUGCCGCGCAAGCCAGGCGGCCCUUGCUCAUCAUCGCCGAGGACGUUGACGGUGAGGCUCUUGCCGCCUGCAUCCUCAAUAAGCUUCGUGGUCAGCUCCAGGUCGCCGCUGUCAAGGCUCCUGGCUUCGGUGAUAACAGGAAGAGCAUUCUUGGUGACCUCGCCAUCCUUACCGGCGGUACCGUAUUCACCGAUGAGUUGGACAUCAAGCUCGAGAGGGCGACCCCGGAUCUCCUGGGUACGACUGGCGCCGUUACCAUCACUAAGGAGGAUACUAUCAUUCUCAAUGGAGAGGGCGGCAAGGACGCCGUCCAGGCUCGUUGUGAGCAGAUUCGCUCUCUCAUCGCGGACCCUACGACUUCCGAUUUCGACAAGACGAAGCUGCAGGAGCGUUUGGCGAAGUUGAGCGGUGGUGUUGCGGUCAUUAAGGUUGGUGGGUCGAGUGAGGUCGAGGUCGGAGAGAAGAAGGACCGUUAUGACGACGCUCUCAAUGCGACUCGCGCUGCCGUCGAGGAGGGUAUUCUCCCAGGUGGUGGUGUGGCACUCCUCAAGGCUUCUCUUGCCCUUGUCUCCUCCUCGCCCGGCGCACCAAACUCGGCCUCCUCCUCAUCUAUUGCCUCCAACCCGAACAUCACCCCGAUUCCCACUGCAAACUUCGACCAGGACCUCGGUGUGUCCAUCAUCCGCCGUGCUCUCACUCAACCCGCGCGUACUAUCCUUUCGAACGCCGGCGAGGAGUCAUCCGUCAUCGUUGGGACCCUCACUGCAAACUACGGUGCGGCCGACAAAUUCGCUUGGGGAUACGACGCUAGCAAGGGCGAGUACGUGGACAUGAUCAAGGCCGGCAUUGUCGACCCGUUGAAGGUCGUGAGGACGGCGUUGGUGGAUGCUGCUGGCGUGGCGAGCUUAUUGACGACAAGCGAGGCCUGCAUUGUUGAUGGCCCGGAGGAGAAGCCUGCCGGAGGGAUGGGUGGUGGAAUGGGUGGAAUGGGUGGCAUGGGCGGCAUGGGCGGCUUCUAAACCAUUCUUUUGGUUUGUUCCGUUCCCAUAUCACUGCUCUCAUCUUUGGUCUCUUCAUCACCGUUCAGCGCGGUGGCAAAAGUAUCGUGUCACGUUCUUCUUUGUUCGGGUUCCUUGCUACCUUAUUGCAUCUAUCACGUCCCUCACGCCCCCCACUCCCCACGGUCCGUUCUGCUGCAUCUAACCUUGCUUCCGCACUUCGUCAUCCAUUAUACGCGCUAUGUUUUUUACGCUUUCAUUCUAUAUCCGUACAUACAUUACUCACCGUGCACUUCUUCGUAGUCAAGUUUGACGUUAGGCUUUCAUAACCACCACUCAGUCUCAUAUUGUCGUCUCACUACUCGCAUGUACCGUUGAAAUCGCAAGCUCAACGUUCACUCUC